AUAUAUAUAUAUACAUAUAUACAUACAUACAAAAAGCUAAAGGAAACACCAACAGCAACAACAAAUACUACUACUACUACUACUACUACUACUACUACUACUACUACAGCUUCUCCAGCAUCCAGCAGUGGUUCAGAAAAUAUCAUUCAUGUUGGUAUUACCACCACGGACAGUACAGACCAACAGAGUGUCGGCUCUACACACAAAUAGAGCUAUAAUAUCAAUCCGUAGAUGCAUUUGGCUGAAUGGCGAUUAAGUUCAGUUUCUAAUCACGAGGUUUUAGCUCCGCUCCAACAGUUUGGCAUCUAAGAGCUACCUGGCGGUUGAAGCGAAUCGUUCAAGCAGGCUGCAGAUGUCGUGAUCAACGACCAGGCAGCUAGUUCUGCAAUCAUUCCAGUUCCAAACAAGAAGAAUUCUCCUUCUCCUGUCGUUCCCUCACAUGACGAUGGCCAUCGACGAGCGGAGAGAGGUGUAAGACAUGUAAAACGCAGCCGGCAUAAGAGAUCGCCGGCCCCAAUGUUCCCGCGCCUACCCAAAGUUUUCCGCAUAUUCUACAUGGGUCUCGCAUUCUUGUCGCUCUGUUCGUUUUUCAUUCUUCGUGAACUAGCUUCUAGAAAAAAACAAGAUAUGAAACUAAUACAGCUGUCAUCGUCACCGGCGCGGGAUCGGCAGGAGGUUCAAGGGGAAAAAAGGAAGAACAUUAACAUUGAUCACAACAACAUCAAUAAAAUUAUUAACAGUAAAAAUAAAAAUUCAUUUCUAAAUGGUUUAUUGCUAAGAGGUAAUAAUGAUUUACAGUCAAAAGAUGAAAUUGUAAAAUUUCAAAAUUCACUUUGGAACAACUCUUCAUUAUUGGUGCCGCCAGAAAUAGGACUGCCUUAUAACGCCAGUCAAAUCAUUAAUCCUUCUUUGUUGUGUGCCUCUGAUAAUUUUGUGAUUGUUUAUAUUCACACAGCACCAAAUAACUUUAAGCGACGAAUGGCAAUACGACAAACAUGGGGUGACAAAAAACUGUUGGGCAAUUUAAAAAUCAGGUUAGUAUUUGUGAUGGGUGUCGUCGACAGCCCUCGUGUUAUGGAUAUGGUCAAAUUAGAAUCUGACCGUUACAAUGACAUAAUGCAGAGUGUUUUCCGCGACUCGUAUCGGAACUUAAACUUUAAAGCAAUGGCUGCGUUGCGCUGGAUCGCAACAUACUGCCACAAUACUACAUAUAUACUGAAAACAGACGAUGAUAUAUUAGUCAACAUUUUUCUGCUGGCAAAACAGUUGACCGAUCUUCAUCAGCACAAUUUUGGUCAGGAAGAUUUUAUAAUGUGUAAUGUAUGGACAGGAAUGAGAGUGAUCAGAGACAGACGGAGUAAGUGGUUUGUUUCACGUAAAGAAUUUCCAAAGGACACGUAUCCAUCGUAUUGUUCGGGAUCUGCUUAUGUUAUGAGCCCAGACAUGGCCGUCCGAUUAUUCAAAAAAUCAUUAACAAUUCCGUUUUUUUGGAUCGAUGAUGUUUAUGUAACUGGUGUGCUUGUAAAAGCAUUAGGUAUUAAACAUGUCCGUUUUAAUUCGGCCUAUGUACUUGACUCUGGAAAGGUAUUGGAUCGGUUUUUCAAGGACACAACACGAACGCUUGUUUUUUACCACGUACAUGGAUAUAAAACGAUGUAUACUUUGUGGCAGAGAUUAAAAGAACGCAUGAAUGCAUUUUCCACGGAACAAACAACUUUUUCAAUUAACAGAACUCCUGGACAUCGUUGAUAGAUUUUAUUUUAUAUAUGCUGCGUCAGAAACAAUUAUUUAUUCAAAUUAUUUAUAGUAAAAUAAUCAUAAGGUUGGAAGAGGGUGAAUGAGAUAAUUAAAAUGAUGAAACUAAUGAUGAGGAGAAAUUUCAAGAGGAGGCAACGUGAUUGAUUACGAUAAUAAAUAGAAAUUAUACAAUUAAAACGGCUUAGUUAAUUAUAAUAUACGAAAAAUACAUGCUUUUUCCUUCGAUGUAAGAACUAGAAGGCAAUUUAUAUAAUUUUGUAAAGUUCAUUGCUAAUCCUGCUGUUCGAUUCAUUUACGUUCUUAUUUUAUUAUCAUUUUAUAUUAAUUAAUUUCUUUCUCUUUUUUGUUUUGCCUUUCAAUUAUGUUUUGUUCUUUACAUCAAUGGUGUUUUAUGAAAACACAGGAUUUACUUGUUGAAAAUGUAUCCCCUCACCAAUUUAACUUGAUCUCUCAAAUAGAGUGUCUGACAUAAUUGAAGUAAUAAUGUUAGACAUAUAUCUAUAAUUACUUGCAAAGAUAAUGAAAAAAAAAAAAUGAUUGUUUAGGAUACUCAAGGAAAUACAUGUUAUUUUUUUAAGAAACCAAUAAAUAAAACUAACAAAAUUUA